CACGCUCGUAGGAAGGUCGUUUUGUUUCCUACUCCUCGCCCGCUUACUACACUCUCUACGCGACUCAGAAGCCUCAGUCGUAGCGUAGCGCUCGUAGUGUGCAUAUCGCGUGCAGGUUUGCGUCCGCCUAGAAAGAGUGCAGUGAUGAUAAUUUGAGUAGUUAUUUGUUUUGUACAAAAAUUAUAUCUGAAAUCGUCGUACUAAAAAAUCAAACCAAAAUAAAUUUCUUAAAGGCAUAAUUCCUGGGAGUUGUUUAUAACCGACUUUCCAGCAGACUUUUAUGGAAAGAAACUUUGAAACAACAUUUUUAGUUUCUUUCACAAGUGUCAAUUCGUUCGUGAUAUUUAUGUCUUGCUAAAGUCUUACUAGACAGUGACUUGUGUCUGACAACCUAGUGCUGUGUUCAUAAACAUUACGUAAAUUUCUUCAUUUAUCCCGGAGGUGUUGGAUAGUGAACUUGGAUAAUUUCAAUGCCACUUGUUUGUCGUACAAACAUGAUUCUCGUGCAUUGAUUUCACAAUAAACGGAAUUUUCUUCGAUUGGCAAGAAAAUCAAAUAAAGGAUGCUCAAACACGUGUCGGUCUCGCCGUGGCGGGGGCGAGCAGAUAGCGUCAGUCUUGCUUCAAGUGGUGGUGCUAGUACCUGCGGAAGUGGAAGCCCAACUCCUGGACAUACGCCACCGCCCUCGAGGGCAUCGUCGUGCGCCUCACUAGCGCCUCUAACGGCCCUUUCGAGCUUCUCACCGGCAGACUCAGCACCCCAACAGACCACCAUAAAGGUCUACGCCAACUGCCUGAGACCAGACAUCGAGUACAAGACCCUCAGCAUCACCUACGAGACGACCUGUCGCGAAGUCGUGCAGAAUCUCCUGAACAAGUACCGAAUGAGGCACCGUGAUCCCAGACUGUUUUACCUUACGAUGGAAGUCACCGUGAGGAGAGCCAACGUCCGUACAGUUUUGCCACUGGACGAGGACGCUCGACCAGCUGUCUUGCAAUCGUGUCAUCCACGUGGAGAUUCCAGAUUUUCACUUCAGACUAGACCCGGUGGCCUUGUUAAGAUCUACGACAGCGCCCUUAUGUCUGGGUCCAAGUACAAGAGUCUCCUGGUCUCCGAACAAACAACGGUGGACGAGCUCAUCCAGAUGUUGUUGACCUGCUACAGCUCGACCGAGAGGGUGGAGCAGUUUUCGUUGUACGAAGGGUGCGAGGGCGAAGAAUACCAGAGAAAGCUGCACCCCGACGAUUCGCCCCUGAAAGUCACCCAAAGAUGGAGCAGCUCUGACAGAUAUCUUCGUAUACGUCGUAAUCCGGACUUCAACCCACACAGGAGGAAGAGUGUGUGGACGUCAGAUUCAAGCAUCACAAUGGCCAUGUCGAGGCUUCAUCUUCAUGCAGCUCGUCAACCCCAUCACAAUCUUAUGAAGAACAACAACAAUAAUAAUCAUCACCACAACAACAAUAACAACAAUCAUCAUCAUAGCAAAAACAACAAUCUAAGCUCAAUAGUGCAACAAUCGCGCAUAGUCGUGCCCCAUUCCUCGCAGAUACCGCAACUGCAGUUGCCGCGCGUUCAGCAACUUCCGCUGAGCAUGCCGACAACGCCUCUGGCGUCGAAACACGUCACGACGACGUCCUAUGCAGAUUAUGAAAACUAUUUUUACAUUUAAGUAUAAUGAGAUUGUGAAUUUGGGUGUAGCUGCGUAACAUCCCAGAGCACAAGGAACAUUUAUGAUCUUUCUGUUUCUCCUGGCUCUUUCUUUCUCUCUCUUUUCCUUUUUCUUUUUAGUCAGUAAGACGAAAAAUUGUACCAAAGGUAAUAUACGUAUGGAAUAAGAAUCUAGAUAGGUGUAAUAGAGAGCGAGAUGGAAUUUAAGAUUAAGAUAUCAGCCAAUGCAAGGUGGAUUUAUACGCGAAUUAAAAAUGGGCCUCGGAAGAUCGACCUAAUCCAAUCUAAUCUAAUCUCAACGUUUGUAUUUAUAUGCUGCGAGACGCAAUUGUCCAAGAAGCUCUAUCGACGUUAUUAUUUAUUUAUUAAUGUGUAAAGAGUCUAGCUAAACGCGCGUACGCGUUUCACUUUUAAAUUAUUGCCCUGGGACGAUCCUUUUCUCAGUCUUUCUUCAAUGUAUUUUAUUAAAUUCUUUUUGCAACCCCUUUCGUCGAUCAUACUUUUUCCCUAUUCUUUGCGUAGAUUGCAACAAAUAAAUCUGUCGAACGUUCCUUCAUGCAGCUCUAUAGAUAUUACUGAGUACGCCCCGUUUUCUUGAGUCAAUCUCAACGUGUAAGUUACCAUUUUCUUUUACUUUUCGAAUUUUAUCACGAAUCACGGAUACAGGUAUACUAAAGCUUCAUUCAUUGCUCGAUCGUUUUACAUGAAAUGUAAGCAAGCCCUGAGCGAUCUGUGUUUGCCACUUUCGCGAGGAAUGUACUUUGUGCGCACUACCAAAGAGACAACUUAUGUAUACUAUGUAUGGAUGUAUGUGUUUAUAGUAAAUGAGGAAAUAUAGUCAUAUAUUCGAAUGUAAGCCACACCCGUAAAAGGGACUCUGGUGUAAUUGCAUUUGUCGUGCAAGCUUUACGGGAGUCCUUUACUUCAAUUAAAUAUGUAAUCUGUGUCUAAACGAUAUCUACGAAAUAAGCGUGUAAAUAUUUUGUAUUGUCAAUUUGUACUACCUACUCAACACAAGAAUGUCGAAUAAUAAGUUGUCGCAAUUUAAA